CUAGGUAAGUCAGGAAGAGGUCAAAAGAAGUAGGAAACUGUAGGAGGCAGGACAAUUGUUCUCUGUCUCCGUCUUUGCCCUUUGGAUAAAAGGGCUAUUCUAUUCUUUUCUACUCUUCUGACCAUCCACCCAGUAAAGGCCAGGCCUGGGACAUUCUCCGCUUCCCUUCACUUCCCCCUCUGGGAGCCCCUUUCACCGCCUCCUGUGUCUUGUUUCGGGUGAUGCCUGAAAGGGAGCUGUGGCCAGUGGGCCCCGGCACAGAACCCGUGACCCGCGUUGGCAGCUGUGACAGCAUGACGAGCACCAACUCCACUCACUCGGGAUUUAGUGACAACAGCUACGACUUCCUAUCGGCAGAAGAGAAAGAGUGUCUGCUUUUCCUGGAAGAGACCAUUGGCUCCUUAGACAAGGAGGCUGACAGUGGCCUCUCUACUGACGAAUCUGAGCCAGCCACACCCCAGGGCCCAAGGACAGAGCCUGUUCUCCAGGGCUUCCCAGAGGAAAGACUGACGCAGGAGGGAUCAGUGCAGAGGAGGGAUAUUCAAUCCAGUCUGAUCCAUCUUCGGCAGGCCCAAGAGCUGGGCCUCAAGUCUGGAUCCCACAGCCUUCCCCGGAACAUCCAUAUUAGCAGGGACCAGAGCCUUAGAGAGGGCUCCACCUGCCUCUCUAGUCAGUCUGAAGGCCAUAUCCCUAGAGGGCUUGUGUCAACACCUUUGCAAAACAGAGGCAGCAGUGUAGCCCCACCUGUCUCUCCAGGGACACCUUCUGAAUUAGAGGAGGUACUCAUACCCCCACCAGAGGCUUUCCGGGACACUUACCAGGAGCAAGGUACCAGAAAGAGCCUCUCCCUUAAAGAGAAGACAAGGCCUGGUCAAGACAACUUGCCCUGGCCCUACACAGCACCUGACACCCAGAAGAAAGAAGAAGCACUUUUGAAGACUAUGUCCCAAAGAACCAGUGAGAAGGCCUUGGAAGGGGUCUCAAGGAAGCCUGGGCUGCCUCUGACCUUGCCCUCUGAAAACCAGGGAUCUGAAGACUUUCCUCUCCCGGGAGGAGAUGAUAAAGGUACUAAAUUUCCUCCCCCAACAGCUCCUAAGUCCCGCAAACUCCCCCCCAACAUUAUAUUGAAGACCAGUCGCAGUAACUUCCUUAGAGACCCUCAGAACCGGUUCUCUCACCGUUCUCAGGCUGCCAUCAGAGAGUCGACUCCAGAGCAUGCUGGUUCUGUAGCCUCUGGGCUCCAGGAGCAGAGGCGAGCCAGGCGAGAGGCGCUAGAGAAACUGGGACUCCCCCAAGACCACAAUGAUGAGCCCAAACUCCAUUUGGCCAAGUCUGGUAGCAUUCUCAAGUCUAAGCAAUCACCAGCUCAGGCUCCCACCCCAGCCCCUGCUCCUGUUCUGGCUCCUGCUCCAGCCCAGGCUCCUGCUCUGGUCCAGGCUUCAGUUCCAGCCCCUGCUCCUGUUCCAGUCCAGGCACCUGCUCCACUUUCGGCUUCUGGUGGAGUCCAGGCUCCAGUUUCAUCUCAAGCUGUAGCUUCUGCUCCUGCUUCAGCUAAGGCUACAGGUCCUCCAUCCACACCCAUCCCCAUCCCCAAGCCCACAAAAGUCAGCAGCAGCCCCCCAACUCAAUCAAGGCCAGACUCCAGACUGGCACUCAAGGAGGGCUCCAUCCCUGGCCUUCGGCAGAUGAACUUCAAGUCCAACACCCUGGAACGGUCGGGGGUGGGGCUGAGCAGUUACCUCUUAGCCGAAAAGGACAACCCACCCCAAACCAGCACCUCUCUGGGCAAGGUCCCUUUCCUGGACAGGAUCUCCCCGAAUGUUCUGCGCAACUCCAGGCCCCGUCCGGCCUCUUUGGGUGGAGGGAAAGACUUUGCCAACAUCCAGGUGGGCAAGCUGGCAGACCUAGAGCAGGAACGGAGCUCCCAACGUUUCUCUUACCCAGGACAGAGUCGAGACAAGCUGCCCCGGCCCCCAUGUGUCAGUGUUAAGAUCACUCCCAAAGGCAUUCCAGAUGAGAACCGACGGGAGGCCUUAAAGAAACUGGGCCUGCUAAAGGAGUAGACCUAGGGUUGCUGGGUGAGGAGAGGCAUUAGACACUCUCCAAGGACUCCUGGUUCUGCAGAGUGACUGGUGUGAAGCAUAUCCUUUGGAUAUUUUCCCCUUUCUUUCUAGAGGGUUAGAAGUGGAUGGUGGGGGGAGAGGAGAAGAAGAGAAGGGAGAGAGGAGAGAUUCAGCCUUGAGCUUCACAGAGGCUGUCAGUGAGGUUUCCAAGAAGUUGUUUUGUGUGUGUGUGUGUGUGUGUGUGUGUGUGUGUGUGUGUGUGUUCUAUAAUAAUAUGAGAUGGGUAUUAUUAAUACAGGGUGUCCCAAAAGUCUUAGUGUAGUUGUGAGUUUAUGAAAGCUUAAGUUUAAGCUUAUUAAAGUGUGAGACUGCACUAAGACUUUUAGGACACAUUGUAUGUAUUAGUCUAUAUAUAUCAUUGGGGAUAUUUAUAUUACAAUAGAUGUAAUAAUUGCUCAGGACUCUGAUCUUAAAGGAGGUAUUUCUCCACUUGCUGGCGUCCAGCUGGAUGUGGAGGAAAAAUAUAUAAGGGUGGUCAAGGUUGUUAAGAAGAUCAAAUAAGAUAUCAAGAAAGGGACUGGAUUGAUGACUUCACUGACACAGGAAAUGCCCAUUACUAGUGCCGGUCAGCAUCUUCUGCCCUCUCUGCAACUUAGGAGCAGUGAGAGGUUCAUUUUCCCAGGGUCACUAAGGCCAUUUGUGUCAGGUCUUUCUGUCUCUGAGGCAGCUUUUGACUGUCUCCACCACGCCGUCUCUCUAAAAUGAAAUAACUUUCAUGAAAGUACUUUUAAAAGAGCUCACAAUCAUAAAAUGUAAAUGUGGCUCUACAAGGAUCUGGGCAGUGAGUCCAUUCCUAAUCUGGGGCUCAGUGAUUGAUGCUGUUGUACAUUCUCUCCCCUCACCUGAGACCCCAAGAUAACUCCAACCACCUGGCUGGGCAAAGGGACAGAGGGAGAGGCCAGAUAUCCAUCUCUCACCUCCUUUCCCACCAUCCCAGAGUACGGCUUGUUGCCAUGAGGUCACCACCUGAAAAUGCUUGUUCUGUGUUGUGGGGUUGGAGAAUGGGAGUGGGGAGGUCCUUCUAGUCCCUGAGAUGUGGCUUCUUACCAUCCUUCUCUACCUACAUAUCCCCCUUUUGGGAGAGUCCAUGGUCCAGAUGCUUAGGCAGUGAAGUUCUCUUUUGUCCCAACCACUCCAAGUACCAGUGGGAUGGCUCAUCUUAUACCUUUGUCACACUGCACUUGGGGAAGCUAGACCCUAGGACUGCCAGUGGCAUCGGCCUUGCUAUGGAGUGAAAUACUUUCAGCCUGGUCCAGGUUUUCUUCAGAGCCAUCAAUCACUCCCUUAGGGGCACUUACAAAUACCCUUAACUCCCUGAAGGUAGAGGAUGAGGAUGUAAGGAGAGUAAACUCCUCUAGCAGGGAGCUCUUUAGAGCUAGAAGGACCUUUAGGAAUCAUUCCAGCCAACCCUAUCAUUUUAUAAGACAGCUGAGGCCCAAAGAGGGUAAAUAACUUAACCACAUCAUACUAGGCAGAGGUGUGACCAGAAUGGAGAUCUUCAGACCCCUAGGCUAGCGUGCCUUCUACUUAGUUGGUUGUCUUUUGUUCUCCAAGAGGACACCUUCUACUAUAUAAUGCUGCCUCUACUAACUGGGGAUUAUUGACACUCCUUUACUUAAAUGUGUGAUCUUGGGUAAGGCUUUUAACCUCUGAAGCUUAUUUUCCUCCUCUGUAAACCUGGGAUCAUGAUAUUUGUACUACCUACCUCACAGGUUGUGAGGUGUAAGCAAACUGACCUAUGUAAAUGAAAGCACUUUGUUAAGUGUAAAGCACUAUAUAAAUACAAGCUGUUAUUAUUAUUUUUAUUAUUCUGAGAUGGUCAAAGCACUGAAAGAUCAUAAAGAACACUUGAGAAAGCAAAGAUUAAAUUUCAUUUAGUAUAA